CGUGGUAGAUGGAGAGUGAUCCCUGUUAGGUAUGCAACCGUCUUGUGCUCCACUCAGGCGUAUCUGCGGCGAGCCUCAAUAUGUUUGCGACGUUAGACCUUGACAUCAGACCUGGGUCUGGGAUCGGGAUGUUUGAGUUAGGUACUUCCCUUUGGGCAGUCAUCGACAUCUUACGCGGACUUCAACAUCUAUUCCCUCAGGUUGAGGUCAAGUUUGAUCCAGAGGACUCUGCAACGACACCAGUCAUUCUUCACCUUCGUCCUCAUUUGGACCUUUUGUUUUCAGGGUACCAUCAACGCCUCCAUACUAUUUGCGUAAGGAAACUCAGGGAGCCUCAUCCACCAGUGAUGCUUCGCUAUAAAGAUACAGUCAUAUCUUCAUCUGCAGAACCUCUGGUUAGAGUACAUGUUAGCCGUACCUUUGGUCCAACAUAUCCGGGAGAUGAGCUAAAGUACCCUGGCAUAUGGUUCAGCUUCGAUGACGACAGCGUCAGUGAAGGAUUCAAAGGGGGCAUUACACACCUAGAGCAACGAACACAGGAAGUAAAGCGCAUCUUCAUCAGACAAAAAAGUGUAGAUGGAGAGGAGCGCGAUGCCUUGGACGAGGUAUUGCCGUGCCCAAUCAUGCACGGUGACAUUUCCAGUGCGGUUAUCAAGAUACAUGAUGGGGUGGACUUUAGUUUUUUCUCUUCUACCUUGCUUCUCCAGGUUCGCAUCGGAGAAACUACAGCACAAGACCUGACGAUUGAUCUCGGACCUCCCUCUCGAGUUCAUCACAAGGAGGACGAACGAAUGACCAUUCACUCACCGAACAUACAAGCAUCUGAAGAUGAUGGUAGCACCGACUAUUUCUAUAACUACUUCCAUCACGGCGUGGACUUCUUAAUAUCCGGCCAGACUCAUGUUGUGAGAAAGAUUAUCAUACAUUCGAAUAUGCCUGGCUCCCCGCUCUUUCAGCGAUAUAAACGAUGUCCCUGGCAGUUGGAGGGCAAACCCGAAGAUGACGAAGACGAUUCACCUCCCCGCAAGCACUUUUAUGACAAGUUCGAGACAAUCAGGCGCUUUCUCAGUCCUGGAGAGAUGCUACCCUCCAUGUUACUAGACCGUACAGAUGAAUAUGACAACAUCACAUUACCUAACUCGUCAACCCGCUUGUAUGGUUACGACGGUGUGAUUUUGGAGGUGAACGAAGCAUCACAAAUCGUGACUGUGAUGUUGUUUUGAACUUUAAUAUCGACCUUGUACUCAGGAAUAAGUUAUCUGCCCGGAUCCACAUAUAUAUUCCUUCCCUCAUAGGAGAUUGGUAGAGAAACCGAUCAUCAAUGUACAGCAGCACAGCAUGACGCCCACCCCUACUAUACUUGGCCAGUACCAUAGUUUUGGAGACAGCUGUAACAUCAUAUUCCAGGACCCUAUAUAAAGGGUACUGGUUUCAGGAUGUCAAUUUUCUGAAAUACCGACCAUACUGGACUUUUUAUAUUAAUGGUAUUCUUAAUGUGUGAAAUCAAGAUACAAG